AUUUUCCCAUGCAAUGAAUUUUAAUCAAUCAAGCCUAAUAUUCCGGUGUCGGGGUAGAUUUUAACCUUGCCGGUCAUUGUAUUAUUUUAUUUUCCAGAUUCAACCGCUCCAAAGUAUUAUAACUAAGAAAGAUACUGUCACUUUAUUACUAGAAAGUGAGUCAUGUCUUGGAAAGGUAACAUACAGAAUGCUGCAUUAUGUGUUGGAAUUGCAGGAGUGACUUUAUUGGCAGUAAGGCGAGCUGUUUUGUAUUUUCGAACUCGAUGUCCAAGUAGAGCUCUUAUGGUUGGUAAAACUGUUAUUGUUACAGGAGCGAACUGUGGUAUUGGGUACGAGACUGCCCUGAAUCUUGCAGGCAGGAAAGCUAGGGUUAUCCUAGCAUGUAGAGAUCUAGGUAAAGCUCAAACAGCAGCGACCAGGAUAAGUAAAAUUACCGGAAACACUGAUGUAUUGGCAAAAAAGUUAGACUUGGCAUCACUCAAAUCUGUACGGGAGUUUUGUAGUGAUGUCAACAAAACUGAACCCAAACUAGAUGUUCUUAUAAACAAUGCUGGUGUCAUGAAUUGUCCAUUUUCUCUGACUGAAGAUGGUUUUGAAAACCAUUUAGCUGUGAAUCAUUUCGGAAACUUCUUGCUUACAAACUUAUUAAAAGACUUACUUUACAAAGCAGAAGACAGCAGGGUAGUUUUUGUGUCGUCUGCUCUUCAUAAAUAUGGUACAGUGAGAUUGGAAAACCUCAACAGUGAAGAAAACUACAAACAAGGAAAACCGUAUGCUGACAGUAAAUUAAUGAAUCUCCUUUUCGCAAGAGAAUUUCAUAACAGAUUUGGAAAAGAUGGUAAAAUUUGUGUAUACUCAAUGCAUCCUGGCAUGGUUAGAACAAGACUUGGACGAUACACCAUAUUGUACAACCGAUACUUUCAGAUUUUCGGAUUCCCUCUGUAUGCCUUACUUUACUCAUUGUAUUUUUUGUUGAUCAAAUCAGCACGAGAAGGCUGUCAGACCGUGGUGUAUUGUGCUGUUGCCCCAGAACUUCAAGGUCAAUCUGACUGUUACUAUGGUAACUUCAAGAAGGAGCCUUGGAGUAAGCCAGCUAGUGACCUUGACCUUGCAAAGAAAGUUUGGGAAAUCAGUGAGGACAAAAUAAAAUGUUCAGACAAAAUGCAAUAGAUUAAUUUAAAACUUACAAGCUAAGCAACUUCUAAUGUAAUUCUAUAACAUAUCUUGAUAAGUACAUGUAUGCAAUUUUGAUCAUGACACAAUUAUCCACACUGUUUGUUAACAUAUUCACAGAUGCAUUCAAAGUUGUUAUUUAAAAAGAAAAGAAGAAAUGAAAACAAGUUGUUACUUAAAUCUGUUAACUUAGUGAUAUA